AUGUCAGAGAGGGAUCCGGAAACCGGCGGAGAAGUUGAGCCGACGAUUGCACAGGAUAUCGUCGUAACAAAGUACACAUCUGCUUCCGAAAUCGUCAACGGUGUCUUGGUGGAGUUGGUAGCUAAAUGUGUCGAUGGCCAGUCAGUCAAGGAACUUUGCGAGUUCGGUGAUCAAGAGUUAGAAGUCCGGACAUCAAAGAUUUUCAAGAAGAAGGAUAUAAAGAAGGGCAUCGCUUUUCCCACUUGCAUUUCGGUGAACAACUGCGUCUGCCACUUUUCACCUUUGCGUUCCGAAGCAGACGUGAUUCUGACAGUCGGCGAUGUGGUCAAGAUUGACUGUGGCGCACACAUAGAU